AUGGGCUCGCACCUGCCGCCGCGCCCCGAGCCCCAGCUGGUGCUGCAGCUGGCGGCCGGGGCUCUGCAGGCGCAGAACUUGGAGGCGCCGGGCGGCGGCCUGGGGCCCGAGUGGCAGGUGCUGCUCGGGCGGGCGGACGCGCUGGCCUUCGGCGGGCGGCUGCACGAGGCGCUGCCGCUGUACCAGCUGGCGUCCCGCCACCAGCAGCUGCGCGCCGAGCAGCUGGAGAAGCUGGUGGAGUGCCUGGCUCAGAGCGUCCGGAUCAAAGAGGGGCUGCCCGGCGGCGGGCAGCCCGCGGCACCCCGCGACUGGGACGUCUUCAGGUGCCGCAAAUGCCAGGGCUUCCUCUUCGAGCCCGUUUCCUUGCCUUGCGGACACACGUUCUGCAAAAAGUGCCUGGAGAGGGACCGGGCGCCCGAGUCCCGCUGCGUCCUGUGCAAGGAGGCGGGCGGCGCGGCGGCCGGGCAGCUCCUGCGGGUCAAUGUCAUCCUUAGCAACCUGCUGACCAAGUGGUUCCCCUGCCAAGUGAAGGCUUCGCAGCUCCGGCACGAAGGGAACCUCCUCUACAAGGAGAAGAAGCUCCAAGCCGCCCUGCAGAAGUACAACGAAGCAGUCAGUCUAGCUCCAAAUGACCACUUACUAUAUAGCAACCGGUCCCAGAUUAACUCCACGUUGAAAGCUUGUGAAGAUGCAUUGCAUGAUGCAGAAACAGCAUGCAGGCUGCAGCCAUACUGGUUGAAAGGUCACCUAAGGAAAGGACAAGCAUUAGCUAAUCUGGGGAAAACAGAAGAAGCUUUAAGGGAGUUUCUAUUCUGCCUUGCUCUAGAUACUGGGAACAAGACAGCCAAGUCUGAGGCACAAAAGCUUCUACUUAGUUUGUUUUCACUCAUCCCGGGAAAUGCUCAGGAACACUUACCCGAUAUCCUGCAGCUGUUGUCACAUCACUCUAGAUUAAAGGGGAAUCUCCUAAAUUCAGUGGGAUCUGGAGGCACCAGCCAUAACCUACAAAGGUUGCUCAAGGUCAAUGUGGAACAGAAAAAGGGUUUUUCCAUUCAAGAGGAACCAAAUGUAACUACUUCUGGUAGUUUGAGGAAAUCUGUACAAAUUACAGAGAGCAAAAAGGACUGCUCAGAGGAGGAGAACAAAUUCACCUCCAUGCCAGAAUCUGCUUUUCUCAUCUCUGACAAAUGCAGCCUCCUGAAAAGGAAGUGCUGCUCAGAGGAGAUGCGAAAUGCUGAGGUGCCCUGCAAACUGAUGAAAAAAGAUGUAGUUGAUACCAAGGAAAAUAGUACUGGACAGCAUAUUCCAUUUGAAGUUGUGGAUCCAUCAGAUUUGGACUGCUCCCUGUGUAUGAGGCUCUUCUAUGAACCUGUCACUACACCUUGUGGACAUACCUUUUGUCUCAAAUGUCUGGAGAGAUGCCUGGAUCACAACCCAAAAUGUCCCUUGUGCAAGGAAGGGCUCUCAGAGUGCUUGGCUAUGAGGAAAUACUGUAAAACAGUGCUAAUGGAGGAGCUAAUAGCCAGAUAUCUUCCAGAAGAACUCACUGAAAGGAGAAAGAUUUAUGAAGAGGAAAUAGCAGAGCUUUCCAACCUAAAUAAGAAUGUUCCCAUAUUUGUGUGCACAAUGGCUUAUCCUACAGUCCCAUGUCCUUUGCACAUCUUUGAGCCGUGUUAUCGGCUCAUGAUCCGGAGGUGCAUGGAGACUGGCACCAAACAGUUUGGGAUGUGCAUCAGCGACCCUGUCAAGGGGUUUGCAGAUUAUGGCUGCAUUCUGGAGAUAAGAAAUGUUGAAUUCUUUGCUGAUGGUCGUUCUGUUGUAGACAGCAUUGGCAAGAGGAGAUUUAAGGUGAUCCAGCAUAGCCAGCGUGAUGGAUACAAUACAGCAGAUAUUGAGUACAUUGAGGAUCAAAAGGUGCAAGGACAAGAGUAUGCUGCAUUACUUGUUCUCCAUGACUCUGUCUAUGAUCAGGCUUAUACGUGGUUUAACUCCCUCAAGCAAGCACUCAAAAGUCGAAUUCUCAGUCAUUUUGGUCCAAUGCCAGCCAAGGAUCCUGACCCACAGGCUAACCCCAACGGGCCAGCCUGGUGCUGGUGGGUGCUGGCUGUCCUUCCCCUGGAGAACAGAGCUCAGCUCCCGUUCCUUGCCAUGAAAUCCCUCAAAGACCGCUUGAAUGGCAUCAGACGUGUCCUUACCUUCAUGUCUCGCACGAGAUCACGGUGAUGAACAGAAUAACUUGAAGUUGAAUUUAUAUCUGAACUCUUUCUUGCAAAAAUGGACAAUGGCUACAAACAACUGCGAAGAAAGAGCUGCAGUAUAUGGAAAGUGGCUUAUCCUAGAGAAAACUGGAAGUACUGGUGUAACUUCAUUGUAGGUUAAUACAUAGAUUUUUUUUUUUUCCCAUCAACUCUUGUUGCUGUUAAGAUGAGUUUUAUUUCUUUUAAUUGUUUGGUGGGAUUUGGCUUUGGAGUGUGUAUAUGGGGGGGGGGGUAUUUUGAACUGUAGGACUCAGAGGGUAGUUUGUGUCACAUAAGAAGGAAUAUGUUGUAAUAAAUGCUAUUUAUUUCACUCCAAUCUUCAGGUUUCUGUUAGCUUCAAAUCUCUACCCAGCCAUUGCUUUUCUCUUAAGAGAUUGGGUAGUGUUGCUAAUAAUAGUUAUUUCCCAAGGAAAGCAAGUGAAUUUUAGCAUGAUUACUUCUAGCUAUAAAGCAGGUAAAAUUAGGGCAGAAAUGAGAACAGGAAGUAUCUUGGUUUUGAUUUUUUUUUUUUUUAAAUCAACAGUUCAUAUACUUGUUUUGCUGCUUUUAUUGCUUACAGUGUACCACUUUCUGGGACCGAUCUUACCUCCAUCUGAUUUUGACUUUCACUGAUUUCAAUGUGAGCAAAACUGGGCCUUUUAGUCUAAGCUGCUGCUUUCCUUUUCUAUGGCAAAAACUAGAAUUAAGUGAGAAUGUUAUGGAAUGCUAUCAAUUUCCUUGGAUUUUUUUACACGGGAUAGCACUCUGCCAUUUCAUGCCUUUAUGAAAAAAAUGCAGUAGAAUUUAAUGUCAUUUUUCUGCAUGUUUUUCCAUUAUCUCUAUUAUUUUCCAUUAUUAGUUAAAAGUAGUUUCCAUAAAGCUACCUUUGUUCCCCUUUUGUUAAAUUCUGUAGAACUUUUUUAUAAGGGUACCAAAGAAACAAAUGGAAGACAAAUAUGUUUCACCCUUGUGGUACACAUGGAAUCUGUAUCCUAUUUGCAUUGAGCUACUUUGGAAAUGCUGUAACUUCCUUCCAUACUGCUGGAUUGCUGCAUGUCCUCCAUGAGUGGUACUUGGCAUGCUGUAAACAAUAUAUAAAAACACCAACGUGUUCUGAACAGUACCAAGUGAUGGUGGCUGACACCUGCUAUGGCAUUUUGUCUUCAUAAGUCAACAACAAAGUGAUUUCUACUCGUUUGGAAGUGAAGCUGCAUUAAAUGCAAUUCUUCCACAAACCAUUAUGUACUAUUGCAGAGCAUAAGUGUCUCAUAUUGCUCCCACAGGAAAAAAACUUCCACUUUUGUAACUCUUAUCUGUGAGAAAAUGAGCUUAAAUACCUAAUUUAAACUGUUUUCUCACUGAUGUAAUUAGUUAUUUUAUCCUGCAUGGUGUGUCUUCUACAUACUCAUUCUGCCUAUUCUGUUGUUUUAGAAACUGUCAUGGAAAGAAUCCUUAAUUUUAAAGAUGAAUAUUGUCUUUUCUGUUAGCCUUGAGUAAAGCUGCCAGAAUUUCCAAGCAGAGACUUGUGUACCUGCCCUGUAUUGUGAACACCCAGUGCAUUUGUUGCAGUCUGGAAACACUUGACCUACUGCAUUUAAUGCAAACAGGUGAUCUGCAUAUGCACAACAAAUCUAAAUUCCAUCUGUACAGUACAGAUGCAGAACUGGACAGGUACAGUAGCAUUUUCUCUAGGGCUGCUCUAUGGCCACACAUCCUAGAUUAAUGGCUAAAGUCUGCAAAUUCCAUCAGAAACGAAAAAUAAUACUGAGGAAGAUAUAUGCUAAAGAACACAAACCUGUCCAAGAAAAACUGGACAAGGAGUACCCUUCAUUAUGCUGAGGUGGUAAAAUUUCAGUAAUGAUAUUUAAAACCAAAAAAAAAAUUUAGGUAUGCCACACUAUCACUGAUUUUUUUUUUUUUUUUUCAGUUGCAUAAAUAAGUACAAGGAUGUAAAUGCAACGUUUAUCACAGGCAUGAAUAAACAGCUGAACAGAUUUAAAAAUACCUCCAGUUUAAUUAUAGAAAUAGCAUUGAUCAGAUAAAAUACUAAUUGGAGGAAUGUUUUAUUUAAGCUGCUCACACUUUUUCUGGGCACCAAACCUAGUUUUAUAACCAGUCUUAUUCAUCUGCUAGAAACGAAAAACCCAAUAGACCAAAUCAUGGCUCAAACUUGCAUUUCCUGUGUGGUCAGAAGUAUUGAUUAAUCGUUGUGGGGGCAUAAGUAAUGCAUAGGCUACUUAGACAGUAGUUCAGUAGUUUUAAUAAUGAAAUGAUAAAAUGGUGUGAUAGGCCUUUAUGGUAAGUUUUAGGUGACAUACUGGUGUUAGUUGUAGAAAUUCCUCUUGCUUUUUUUCUGUAAUUACUUUAAGUGCUGCUAUCUUCCAUUACAAUGUAGCAAUAAGAGAUCCUGGCUGUCAGACUGAAUGGCUGAUGUCCUUCUGUCCUGUAUGACUGCUUACUGACAGAACACCUCAACCAUGGAUUUAUUAAUCCAAAGAUUGUUUUAAUCUUUUUAAAAAAAAGUGGAUUUGGAUGUAGCAGGUCUGUCUUAAUCUGUGCUGUAGAGAAAGAGCUUCAUAGAGUUGAGUUCUGUUUUAGAUGGUCUUUUCAGAAUCAUAGAAUCCCAGGAUGGAAGGGACCUCAAGGAUCAGCUGGUCCAACUUUUCUUGGCAAAAGCAUGGUCUAGACAAGACGGUCCAGCAGGCUAUCCAGCCAAAUCUUACAAGUGUCCAAUGUUGGGAAGUCCAACACUUCCCUGGGAAGAUUAUUCCAAUGGCUGAUUGUUCUCAUGGUGAAAAAUUUUCUUUUUAAUUAUUUCUACUUGGUGCUGAAGUUUUACUGGUGUUUAAAUCAAUGAGAGGAGUUGUAUUUAAAUGCAAUGUUUAGGAAUGGAGAACAUGUUCACAAACACUUAUUUAAAAAAGAAAGUGAAAUUUAACUAUAGGGUUUUUUUGUGCAUAAAAGCCCCCAUGGACCUAUAUGCACUUGGGUAUGUAUAUGGGUAGUGCUCCCCAUUUCCCCCAAGUCCUACAUCAGAUAAACACAGUCCCUCUUUUCAACCUCUUAGUUCUCAUUUAAUUCACAGCUGAAACUGUAACUAGUGCAGCACCUGGUUUAGGAACUGGGGUUUAUUUCCACAGCCCAGUAAAUUACUGGAAGUCUUAUGGCAAUAGCAAAAUGGUAGUUUGAGCAAAGUCACUCUCUUGAAACACUUUGCUAAAUAAAUAUUGUCUGAAAGGAGAAAGAAACUAAUCUGCUUAGACGGGAUUAAAAUGGUGGAUAAUAAAAACCUGAAUUAUUACAUUGACUUACUCAUCCAGGUAUCAUGUGAAGUGCUUACUAAUGUUGGAUUUUCAUAAGGUCUAAAGUAACCCUCACAUAGAAGUGCCUGUAUUAUGUUAUUGCCAUUCUUGAGCUUUUUAAUAGUCAUAGCCAUAUAUUUUAUAAAUAUAAAACAUAUGCACCUUUUAAUCUUUACAUUCAGUUUGCAGAACAAAGGUUUACAGAGCAGAAGUGUAGCAAAAACAAUGUAAUAGCUUCUAUAAUUCCCUGAUAAGGAACAGGAGAAGUACAAAAAUAAGGAGCAAAAGACUAUCUGUGUAAGAUGUCUUAAUUUGGAAUCAUAUACUUGUCCAAUUUAAUUCCAUCAAGCUAUGUGGUUACAAGAGUGCCAGAAAUAUAUCUCUCAAGCCAUUUUAAAUAAAAAGUUUUGUGGACUUGUAUAUUCCAUUUGUUUGUAAAACAUCCUUUUGUGCACUGUAAUGAACUUGAAAUGAAACUUAAGUUAUACUCUCAUAUCACUGGACAGAGUACUGUUCAGCUACCUCUACAUAAGUUUGAAGUAAUUUGUUUUUUUCCGGAUUUGUUUGCAUUGUCAUAUAAAAUAUAUUUUAAAAACUCAUAGUCCAAAGAACCUGUACGUGUUUGUAGAUGUACUUAUAACUAUGUUGUACCAACGAAGUCUGUGUGGAGAGUUGUUUCCUAAUUAAAAUUUUUGUCUUCUUUA